ACUGAUUUCUAACAAGCUAGCAAUCAUCAACUUGAGCAUAAUUUUAAACCAAUCUUCUUUUGAAAUAACGGCUUUUUAAACCACAGCGACAAGUGUUGCCAGACUUAAAAUAUAUAUUACAAAACGGUAGCUUUUAUUAAGUGAACAGUUUACGAAAUUACAAAGAGUGUGCAGAUAUUAUUAUGUUCAAUUGACUUGAAUAAAAGUCCUUCUGCUUCGUUUCAACAAAACAAAUCAACUCUCGCUCGUUAAGUUUAAAAUAAAGACACAAAAUGGCGGCUACUGUACCAGCUGCCUCACACAUGAAGUUCUAUUUAUUUCAUAAUUAACGUUACAGUGUGUAGACAACUAUGAAAGCAAUAUUUAUAACUAUAUUUCUAAAUUAUGAAUUGUUCCUCUGUAAAACUGUACAUAAAAAAACAUUAAACGAAACAUUCCUAACGAGAAACCUGCACAGAUCGCUGAUAGAAAUCGACUCCCUCCUCAGAGGAGUACAGAAAGAAAUACAGAAAGAGAGGAAAAUAAUCAAAACCCAAUUAGAUUAUGAACACGCAAUAAUACCAGAAGACAGUAACGUUCUAGGUUAUGACGUCACAGAUCUCUUUUGGGGUGAAACCGGAGUCGAAGGAGUCACCCAUGAGGAUGUGACAUCCACCUUUCUACCAACACCACCCACUCCCCCCCCUACGGAAGAAGAUUAUGGAGAGGCUUAUGAGGAGAACACAGAACCGCCUAUACCCCCGCCCCCACCUACUACUACUAUGGAAAUUAACACCAACUACCCUGGCUACCCUUACGAACCACCCCCUUUUAACCCAAUAGGUUAUGAGCCGGAAAACACUCCGACGCCUCGAAAUGACUCAUUCGAUUUUCUAUUGACACCACCUAUCUUUGAUACUACGACAAGAAGUCCCUACGAUGAAGUUAAAGGGUUACCUACAACUCCCACACCAGUAGAUAUAGAUACACCACCACCAACGCCAAUACCAGAUUAUUCGUUCACCACCAUCAAAUACACUUUCGACUUACCCAGCCCACCUGGGCCGGAGACGCAAACGAGACAAAAGAUUCGGAUGAAUUCCUAUGACUUCGCUGUAACCCCACCAGAUUUCGGCAAAUUGACGCGCAGUUUAAUAGACGACUUUAAUAAAUACUUUGGUUUCAUGUUCCAAAAUAAUAAGCCAUCUAAACUUUCUACUCUUGCACGGAAACCAUUUAAUGCCCCCCUAAAAACUCCCCACCCUCCAAGAACCACAAAAAGGCUGUCAAAGUAUCUGAUGCGCAAUGAACAGAAACUGAAUUUGAUGUCCCAUGUUACUCCUGCUUCGGAGAAAGCUAUGCAUGAUUUUGAAAACCGAUUCCGACAUGUGGCCACUACGCCUGUUCAGUGGUGGACUGCCAAGAAGUCAGUCAGGGCCAGGGUUCCUCUCAUGCCUGCUGCAAGUUCUUUGUCCAAAUCGCAAUUGUGGGCACAGCAACACAUGAAGAAUUCUGCUCCGGUACACAGAGAAGGUGGUUUGACUCCUCAAGAGGAGCCUGGGUUUCCUCCAUCACAACCGGACCACAAAACUGCUGCUACCACUACAGAAACAACAAGGUUGACGGCAAGAACUGGCGUCUUCGAUAGUUUCGGAAUACCGCAGUACAAUCCACUGACGAGCACGUCUCUCAGUACUGCCGCUUCAUUCAACGAUACUCGCCUUAUAUUUGGAGACAUUGGAAUCAAGAAGAGUACGAAGGCUCCAACGGAAAGGAGAGUCUAUCUGAAGAUGAUGGAGGAACUGAAUGAGGGAUACCUGCCCAUCUUCCUCCUAGAAAUAUUCAGGAUCACUUCCUUGAAGGAUGAGAAACCAGUCAAAGAGCUAUUAGAAGAAGUAGAACUACAUGUUAAUACGUAA